AGCCCCGGGUGUGGAGCUGCGGACCCGAGGGGGAUGAGUAACCCUUGGCGGCGAGCAGGCGCGGCCGGCCGAGAGCUUGCCAAAUUCCAGCACGACGCGCGCUCGGCCUGGGGUCGUGCCCGGGGCCCCGGAGGGGCGGGCGGCCGCACCCCGGGAGGAUAAAAGGGCCGUGCGGCUCGGGGCCCGCUUUCUCCGCGCCGGUCCCGCAAAGCGCCGCUGGCCGGCAGGCACCUGACACCGCAGUCGGGCGCCCCAGGCCGUGUGCACCGCUGCGCAGGGGACAUGGCGGGGGUGGCGUGCGCGCCGGCCAGGCCGAGCCUGACCUCCAUCUCGUCGGGGGAGCUGCGCAGCCUGUGGACGUGCGACUGCGAGCUGGCCCUGCUGCCGCUGGCGCAGCUGCUGCGCCUGCAGCCCGGCGCCUUCCAGCUGCGGGGCGACCAGCUCGUGGUGCCCGGCCCCGGGGAACCGGCGGCGGCGGCGGCGGCGCACGGGGGCUUCAACGUCUUCUGCGACGGCUGCGUGCGCCUCGACGGGCAGCUCUACCGCCUCAGCAGCUACAUCAAGAGGUAUGUGCAACUGACCAACUACUGCGAUUAUAAAGACUACAGGGAAACUAUACUGAGCAGACCAAUGCUGUUCUUUGUUAAUGUACAGACCAAAAAAGACACCUCAAAAGAAAGAACAUACGCGUUUUUUGUGAACACAAGGCACCCCAAGAUAAGAAGACAGAUAGAGCAAGGGAUGGACAUGGUCAUUUCCUCAGUGAUUGGAGAAAGCUACCGGCUUCAGUUUGAUUUUCAAGAAGCAGUAAAACAUUUUUUCCCUCCAGGAAAUGAGGUGGUUAAUGGAGAAAAUUUGAGCUUUGCAUACGAAUUCAAAGCUGAUGCAUUAUUUGAUUUCUUCUAUUGGUUUGGGCUCAGCAAUUCUACUGUAAAGGUGGAAGGAAAAGUUCUGAAUUUGUCAAGUACAAGUCCAGAAAAGAAGGAGACAAUUAAAUUAUUUCUGGAAAAAAUGAGUGAAUCUUUCAUCCGAAGGAGCAGUUUCUCUGACCGAAAAUUCAGUGUAACUUCCAGAGGUUCGAUAGACGACGUUUUCAACUGCAGUCUGUCACCCAGAUCAUCUCUGACGGAGGCUCUUUUGGCAGAAUUGCAAUUUCCAAGUGUUCUGGAAUCUGAAGAGACCCCCAACCAAUUUGUCUGAUUGGACUGAACACUUUGCGGUCACUGCUACCUGCCAGGCUGUCACCAAGACAAAAGGCUGGGGGGGCAAGCGGUGUUGGGGAGACAGGCACUCCCACCUGCUUGUCGAUCCCGAUCCCAGUGCUCCCAUGGACAGUUCCUGUCUUCCACUCCUCUGGGGGUGCCCAGGCAGGCCCACGGCAGCUGACUCCAGGAAGGGAGGGCCUUGGCCCGGUGGCCUGGGUAGUGUCCUCUCCUUUGAACACUUCUCUAGAGAGGCAGCGGGGGCAGCAGAAUCCUGCCACCCUGAGUGCUUUGCCUAGAACCCCAGUCUCCUUGGGGGCUCCCCUGGCAGCCUUUGAGGGGCCAGUCUGACUUGGGUGUUGACUGUCUAUACUGUGUAAAUCAGCUGUCCUCUGCUCGGGACCUCCUCCUCGUCUGAACCCAAACCCAGCAAGUGGGUGGUGAGCCGUGCCAUUUUCUUGCAGAUGUGGCUGGACGAAAAGCCUAGGACACCUUUCACUGGAAGACAAGGAUGUUUGCCAUCCUUAGGAGAAGGGUCACUGGAGGCCGGGCCAGGUUGAGGGGACAGUAACCUGCCACCCACUGCCUGAAAUUUGAGCUCAUCAAAGUGGCCUGUGUAGACAGAGGCCAGGUAAUGUGAUACCCAGUAGUGAUGGGGGAAAGAUAACAUACUAGGCAGUGUCCUCUACUGAAAGCACAUUAUGUCAAUUGGGUAUUUUAAAUAAGCCUUUAGCAAUCUUCACACUAAAAGCAAAAAAGAAGGAAGCUGUAACAUUACCAUAAUACAUUGUUACAUCAGUACAUUAUUCAUCUCAUAGCUACAAUGGAGUUCUUCAAAAAGAGAAAAAAAUCCUAUUUACAUAUAAAACCUGCCUAAAUGAAUUGCUACAUAUACUUAUAAUAAGGAAGAUUUAUGGACCCUUAGUAUAAUUUUUUUCUAUUCUUUUUAAACAACUUCCUGUACUAUACGUUUUGAUAACACCAUUGAUCGCCCUUCAUUUAUAUUUGAUAUGUUGGGUACUCUGUGCAGUUAAAACUUUUCUUAGCAUUCAACAUGGGAUCGAUUAAAUUUGUGAUCAAGUGUGUAUGUGUGAUCUUUCCAUCCUGCUUUGCAAGUGGUAGAUUUGCAUUGUAACUUAGCAAAUUAUGAUCAGAAUUGUGGUUUUCACAGCUACUUUCUCAAGAAGAGCUCUUUGAGGAACAGAUCUAUGAUGUAUUUGGAGAAAAGAAACAGAAUUUGAUAAGUGAUCAUCCAGAAAAGAAAAAUAAUUCUUCCUUAAUAACGGAAGAGGCUCAACAUUUGUUAUUUAACUCAGUACAAGAUGAAGAGUGUUCACAGUAAAAUAAGUGUCAGUGCAAACAAACCUUUAGGCAGAUAUCAAAUAGUAAAUGUUUCCCAAAAGAAAUAGAAAUUCUAUUCACAAAAAUUGACAAAGAUUUUUUUUAAGUAGCUGAAUUGAGAAGAACCAUCAAUAAUCACUCCAAGAAUGGACUAAAAA